GUCAUUGGCAGCUUCCUUCGAGAAAGGACGCGUCGACAUGCCGUGGCAGCCCCAGCAACGAGCUCAGCUCAAGAAUCGGGAUGGAAGGCUGAUGGGUCCAGCGGAGGAGCUGGAAGUGCUAGGAGAAUUUGCAGUUUCCACCUUCGGUGCGCAUGCCCCGCUUCCGGAGAGAACGGGCUCUCUCCCGCGCUUAGAUCCGCAGCUCCUGGCUAAGCACAUAAGGUCCAUCAAGCCGCAUAAGGCGGUUCCGAAAGGCUCAGCGCCGGCAGCAGCUUGGAAGCUUUGCGCGGAUGAAGUUAACCAGAUGCUCGCGGGAGCGGCGCGGGAGCUGCUUUCUCCGGCACAUGAGGGAGGUUCCGCAGUUCGCGUAUCUUCCUGGAAGGGGCUUGUCGGAUGCGCACGCGAGAAUCUUCGGGAGGUGAGACAGCUUUGUGGCACUGCCUCCCCGGGAAGACAGGAGCUCCGGGAAGGCGCACUGCGUCCUGAUCUCGUUGGGGGCCUCACGUUUGCUCUGGAUCUCUCUCAAGCCUUUGACACCGUCUCGAGACAGGAGAUCAUAGCUACACUCCCUGCUUUAACUGACGACCCUGCCCUGGUAUCGCUAGUGCAUGCCCUACACCACCGCUCCGCUUACAAGCUUGCGGCUCAGGGUGAGGUCACUGAGGUUGAGACCACCACGGGCAUCAAGCAGGGCUGCAAGCUAGCCCCGAGCCUAUUCAGCCUCCUAACUGGUAAGUUAAUCAAGGAGCUCAUUGAAUUCUUUGGGGAGGAUAGAGUCUGUGCUUUUCUGACGGGCUACGCAGACGAUCUCACCGUGCACAGAACUAUACGCUCCGUAGCAGAUGUAGAGGCCUGUCACGUGCUAAUACGAGCCGUCUUGGAAAGCCUUAAGGACCAUAAGCUGGUUUGUAAUCAGAGCAAAUGCUACAUCCUGGCCAAGUUCGCGGGUAGGCAGGCGGCAUCAGUCACGAAGCAGUACACAGCCUGGACAAGGAACGAGGCGGGGGAGCGAAUCAAGCUCUGGCGUAUAGGCAAGACUAAAUACUUCCCUACCUUCAGAUGGGUCCCGACCAUCAAGUUUCUGGGCAUCAAAGCCAGCUACGGGUCCUUCGAGAUGCAGACGCUCACUUUUCGCAUCAGCGAAGCCAAGCAAAAACUACAUCAGGCGGGCCUCUCGCUGGAGUCCGCAAAGUCCCUUAAGGCGGCAGAGGGCACGCCAGUCAUUUCCUGCCAGGACUGCGACAGGUCUUUUGUCUCGGAGCAGGGGCUGCGGCUUCACCGUGCCAAACAACAUCCGGAAGCCGUGGAGAGGUACGUUCCGGAGAGGUUUGAUCGGGCAAAGCACUCAGUUAACGGCGCCUGCCCCAGUCCUCACAAGCUGAGAGAGCUGGACGCUGCUAAGGAACCACUGGCUCUGUCCGCUCCUUUG